CAAAGCGAUGCAAUCUCCACAUCCCCGCCGCAUGCUCAAUGAUGCAAUUCGCGAAAGAUCUUUACCGCAGCUCGUUGCCGCCAUGGAAAUGAUCGAAGCCGAUCCUCGACUUGGUUGUUCUCUUCAGGAAUUACUUCCAUCAAUACUGAGACGGUGCGUCCGCCAUGGGAGUAUUGACCUGGUGAGAUAUCUUCUAGAGUGCGAAAAGGCACCUACCGCAUCUCUAUCACCUCUUACUGUCGCCGCAAACUCCUCCGUCGCUCUUCUCGAGCUGCUUCUAGCUCAUGGUUGGGAUAUCAACAAGGCUGAGGUUGAAAGCUCCCUUGAGCGGGGCCAUAAGUUAAUCGAUCACGUCUGCGACGAUAACCAGUUGGUGCGCUGGCUGGUUGAGCAUGGCGCGCAAGUCACGGAUGGUGAGUUGGACGGCUAUGAGAUUUUCCCGCAACCGGCUCCAUUACUCGAGACAUGUGCUGUCAGAGGCUCUGUUGCAACGUUCCGGUUCUUACAGAGCAAGGGAGCAUUACUCGGCCACCGGACACUUCACCGAGCAGCUGGGGAGGCAGCAGCGGUUGGCGCAGAUCCUCACAAUAAUCGUCAAGAAGUCCAUGAUGAGGUACUUGGAGAUGAUGCCAGGGCAAGAAGGGAACGAGCAGAAAUGCUGAUAUUUCUUGUGGAUGAGAUGAAACUAGAGAUCAAUGCGAUGGAUUCUACCAUACCCGAUCGUGCGUACCACUGGGGGACUCCUCUAUGUUAUGCUGCCGUAAAAGAGAGGGGAGCUCAUGUCGUAAGGUGGCUACUGGAGAAGGGAGCUCAGCCCAUGGUUGAGACGGCACAGAAUGUUGCCAACGCAGAGAUGCUGGCGAGGCUCACGGGACGCGCAGAGAAUGCGAGGAUAUUGCAUGAGUGGAAGCAGAUACACUGA